UCCGUUAUGUAUGUUGUCGGAGAGUAGGCUGUGUUUGACUGACUGUUGGUUGUCUUUAGUCGCAGCUGGAUAGCUUGUAAAGGAGAAAAUCAGUUCCUUUAGCGAUUGGACUGUGGAUAUUGUUCAGUUAUCUCAUGCAACUGCCUGCCCUGGUAGUAAGCAUUCGCUGUGCUGACACGUACAUGCCUGAUUGAACAGUUCAAGUCACUGCACCAGUUCACCCAAUGUGACAUGUUGCUUUGGCAUCUCAUGGCCAGACCGACCACACCCUAGCCCCCCUUCCACCCUUACUCUUCACCACCAAGCAUCCUGCUCUGAUGUGGGGAGAUCAAUCUGUGACAAGUGCCUGUAUCGUCUAUGAGCUCAGAGACAAAGCAGCUGCUGACUUUGUGGAAGCGUAAGACUUUUAGUUGGGACUGUAUAGUCUGGCUGCCAUCAUGAUUCACUCAAGGACAUAUACCAUCACGGUGCACAUCAACAGUGCCUUUCAAGUUAUGAAUGACCUCCGGCGUAAACAUGAACUUUGUGAUAUCGUUCUUUGUGUGGAGGACCAGGAAUUCCAUGCCCACCGGAUCGUUCUUGCGGGCUGCUCCCCAUACCUUCGAGCCAUGUUCACCAACGGCAUGCUGGAGUCAGCAAAAAGUCAUGUGGAUAUACGCGGCAUUGAUCCUGUUGCCAUGGAAAUCAUCUUGAACUUUAUCUACACGGGUACAAUUGAGAUUGAUGUAGAGAACGUUCAGAUUGUGCUCGCAGGGGCCAGCAUGUUGAACAUGGGUAGUCUUCGUAAUGUGUGUAGUACAUUCUUACAGUCACAACUUGAUGCCAGUAACUGCCUUGGAAUUCACUCUUUCGCUGACAUGUAUUCUUGUCGAGACCUUGAGAAUGCCUCCCGUCGGUUCAUCUACCAGCACUUCCAGGAAGUUGUCGGGACUGAAGAAUUCUUCCUCAUGCCAGAACAGGAUGUCGUCGACCUCCUAAAGAGCGACCAGCUCCAGGUAGACGGAGAGGAGGAAGUCUACGAGGCUGCCAUUUCUUGGCUGAACUAUGACCUCCGUAACCGCAGCCAUUGCUGCUGCAGCGUGUUGGAGAAUGUCCGCUUUGCGCUUCUAGGGAAGGACUACCUCUUGGAGAACGUCUACAGGUCUGAACUGAUCAAUCGUUGUACUAAGUGCCAGGAUCAGGUGGCUAAUGCCUUGAGGAUUAGGAAUGACAACCAGGCAUUAGCAUUGAUUGGUAGCAGGUCUCAACCGCAAAGUAUCUAUGUUGUUGGAGGAAGGAACGACCUGGAUUGUCAGCUGAGUAGCUGUGAGAGAUAUGAUGCAGUUCAUAAUAGAUGGAUACCACAGGAGAGCAUGGAAAUCUCCAGAACAGCAGUAGGUGUGGCUACCCUGGAUGGCCACCUCUACACCAUCGGUGGUGAGUGUGCCUUCAAUGGUUCCCAUGACGAUGACACCAUGUACCUCGGUCAAGUAGAAUGUUACAAUCCUUUGUUGAAACGUUGGAACCCUGGUGCCUGUCUAGGUGUGCCAAGGUCCUUUGUCGCAGUAUCCAGCCUUGGUGGUCUUCUGUAUGCACUGGGAGGUGAAGACAACAACACCAGUCACAACGCAGUGGAGGUUUACGACCCUACCAACGAUUUCUGGACGUUUGCACCCUCCAUGAAGCAAAGGAGAAGUGGGUGUGGCGUGGCAGUGUGCGACGGGAAGCUUUAUGUUGCAGGUGGUUACGACAAGAGCUACAGAACGGAGAGGGCCAGCGUCGAGUGCUACGAUCCCGAGACUCAAGAAUGGCACUUUGUGGCGGAGAUGGAGAAAGCGAGGUCAGGGUUAGCCUUGGUUGCCAUGGAUCAUUAUAUCUAUGCUGUCGGAGGUCGGUUACGACAUACUGACCAGUUCUUUAAUAUUGCUGAAAGAUACAACACUCAAACCCAGCAGUGGUCUUCCAUCCGGUCAAUGAUUACACCUCGAGCCUGGCCAGCUGUUUCCAUCUACGACAACAAAAUCUUUGUUAUGGGCGGGUACGAUGGAUCCAACCGGCUGCGUAGCGUCGAGGUGUACGAUCCGCAUCUUGAUUCCUGGUCACGAGCAAGCAACAUGAACGUAGCACGGGCGGGAUGUGGAGCUGCGGUGGUAUGACCAAGUGGACCCGGUCUUGGGUCUUUUCGCUCAGUCAGUCAGCAUGAUAAAAACUAUUGAAAAACUUUCACUGAUGAUGACAGCAUGGCAGUGUUAGGGCCUCAUGUGAGCCCUCUGUGAGAAUGUAGCAUCUGAGAUGCUUUCACCAUUGACCAAUUAAUUCUUAAAUGUUAGGCUUUAAUAAGUCAGUGAUGGUGAAGCCAAUGGAUUAAUUAUCUGGUUGGAUCAUGUGGUUAUGAGAGUAGAUCUGUCUGCAUAGUCCUGGACAGGUUUGAAAUAUUAAGAUUUUCUUGAUCUUGUAUCACAAACAGGUCUACAUGUCAAGUCUCAUCGGAUCACAGAAAUCUGUUUGACCUUGACAAAAUUUGACUUAAAAUAUGUUGUUAACACAUAUUUUGUAUAUUCUGGUUUGGGAAAGUUCAGAGAUUAUUUGCCUAAUGGAAAGUUGAACUUUAUAUGCAGUGUAAUGUAUCUGGUUAUUCCCUCAUAUGGAUAAGGACCCAAAAACAAAAUAGAGCAAUCAUUAUGAACAAGCAAAGUUGGAUUUUCACAGGAUACAUAAUAGGCAAAUUUAAAUUUGCAAUUCUUCUGUGACAUCAUUUUGCGAAGAUUUUCAUGCACGUGCGCAAGACAACUGCUCUUGCUUUGCCUCUUUUACGUUUAUAUUUCUCUGAAAUCUACUAAGCAUUACCCUCAGUUGGGCAUACUGGGUAGUUAUGUCAUCGGGCGUUCAUGAAAGGACUCGUCUAGUGUUAUUCCAUCAAGUCCUCUUUUAUCCAAAAAAAUAUGGUAGUGACCAUACUUCUAGCCAAGAAAAUUCAAGGAAAGUUAUAACUUGUCAGACAAAAAUGUUGAUGAAAGGCUCCCCAGAUCACCACAGAAAGUAUACUAUAUACAGUUAAAUGAUGGAUUUGCUGAUAGGGUACAAAGCUUAUGCUUUGUGUCCCCACUCGUAGCUUUAUAGGUAUGUGCUGGGGAUUUUUGCAGGAAUCCCACUAUAGAAGAGCUAUGCGUCUUUACACAGUAACUUUCCUUCAUUCCCCAUUGUUUUGUCUAUGAUGAAAUGUAAGAUUUUUUAAAGAAAGGCCGCUUGCGGGAUUCCCAUGUGAAGAGGCGGCACCGUAAUUUAGGACUCACACAUUACAUAUUACAUCAGUAGGAAAGCUAAAGCAACUCUUCAGCACCCUGCAGACUAGAACAAUGAUCGGUCUAGGAACAUUCUGUGUCACUGGAUUGGCAUUGCAAAUCUGAAGCUGCCUUAGACCCUGGAUGCUUGAAGGAUCAAAAGAUUUCCAGGGCAAAUUGCAUCCAAUCCAAGACUUAUUAUUUCAUCGAAGGGGGGAGGGGGUGUCUAAGUCAUGCCCAAAUGAUGACUUGCACAUGAUAUCUAACAAACGAUGUCAUUAAUUAAUAUGCAACUGCACAUGCCCCCUUAGCUUGAUCUGACCAAUGUGGCGAUGCAUUUUACACUGCAUGCAGUUUGGAUUUUAAAUGUGAUUUUCAGUCACAGAUUAAACAAGACCCCCCCCCCCCCCCGGUCCUUGAACCUCAGGGCUUGCCAAAUUUGCUGUCGGAAUCUCUGAUAGAUCUAACUAUAGGACCAAAUGCACAGAGAUUUAUGACCAAAUGUUGCAGCAUCUACAUGUACACCUAUCUACAAGGGCAUUUUGCUCAUUCUGUAGAUGUGGUUUCUCAACAAGACAAAAUGUAUCUAUUCUUGAAUUAUUGUACCCACGCUUGCUAGGCAAGCAGUUUUACUACAGUGUGCUUAUGUACUUUUUUAAUAUACAUAACGGGGUAAUUGUAAAGAGCCCAGCAGAAUGAACAUGGAGUGUCCUUUUCUAGCUUGUAUUAUUGUAUGAUAUUAGUACAUAUUGACCCUAAUUCCAUAAAUCUUGUUUGAAAAGCAAAUGCAGAUAUAUCCUACGACAAAUCAUCUUUCAGCCAAUCAAACGUCAUGAUUUGUUAAUAGAAUUUGACAAGUUUCAUCAAAACAGGGCCUGGCUUCUGUGCCAUAGCUGAGGCAGUACAUGCAUAUUUUGUAUUUCUUGUAUCCAACAAAUGUACGUGUGCACGUGUAUUAAAUACAAAUAAACCAUAAAUUGACACGCCGUGUCCUCUGCAGAUUCACAUUGUACUUUGUGACCUGCUACUAUGAAACCAACAACAAGUUGCUCAAAAUGAAUUUUUGAGAUUUUUUUUCAGCUUGAUAAAACAUAUUAAAAAAAAUUAACAAUAACCCACACAAGUAUUUGAUUGAAUGUAGAUAAAUUUCAGUGAGAGCUUCAAAGAAAAUGAAAGAAAAGAAGGUUUGAAGUUCAGGGUUCGCUCAAGCAGAUAUUCUGUGACACUUUCAGGCAGUCAAAGGAAUUGUUUCAAAGGAGACUCUUGUCUUUUUUUUUACUUUACAACUUCAAAGUUUAAUCAUGUAAAGAAGAAUUACUAUUCAAAUAACCUUUUUUCUCUUUGAAGACCAAAGUGAUGUUUUGGUUAGUUACAGAAAACCCUUCUUUGUGACUUAUUGUUUAUUUGGGGGUGAUGGGUUUAGGGUUUAGUCAGAUUAGUUUUCUUAAUUUUAGCAUCUAAAU